AUGUACCGUAUCUGCCCGUAUAAUGGGUUGAUAGGGCAGCUGUGCGCCGUGAUACGGGCAGGUGUGCUCAAGCUGUGGGUGCUGCUUCAUGCUAGCUCGCGUGCUGCCUGGGACCGUAGCAAGGUGCAUCGCGGGAGACGCGUGCGGCGCGUGGCGCGCGCGUGCGCACACAGUUCUGCACUGUCAUGGCCGACGUUUUCAGAUUUCUUAGUCAAGAUCAAUACAGACAUAUGGGACGAUGAAUUUCUUUAUUCAUCACAAACUAUCGGGUGUGGACGUUUGAAUAUGGAAGCAGCAUUACCACAUUUUCAUCGACUCGCAACAUCUCGAUUUUAUCAACACUAUGCGGCGCCGCCAGUUCGAAUUUCAAGCAAUUAUCUUCACGAUUUAAUUCCUCAACAACAUCCGACCCUUCUUCAACAGUAUUUAGCAUACUACAAUGAACCUGUAGUACCACUCGACUUAUCGCUUAAAUCCACUACACCAAUCACUCCGCCAUGCACUCCCCCACCCUUACAAAAAAGAAAAUUAGCGGAUGAAAAAAAAAAUGAAAAACCGGCAAAAAUAUUUCGGCAUUUUGAAGAAACUGAUGCCAGUAAUAAUGAGGAAUCACAGGAUAAAAUUCAAAAGAGAAAAUGUGAUGACGACAUUUCAAACGAUAGCGAUAGUCCCGAGGCUAAAAAGCUUAAAUUUACAAAGCAGUUUUUUGAGGAGCUUCGAAGUUGCCUUCCGAAUGAAGGUGAUGGCGCAAAGAGCGAGCGAAGCUCUCCUGAUAUCGUUGAAAUUAAAGACGUUGCAGAACGCCCCAAAAAAUCACCCAAACCCCCACAGCCGUUGAAAAAAAGUAAAGUAGUUAGACGACUAAUGUUCGAUGAAGACAAAACUUCACCAGUCUCUGGGACGAUCAUAAGAGAUCUUGCAGAAGAUGAAACGUUAGUGGUCAGAAAGGGGGAUAUUGACCCAGCGUUUAAUGUAGUUGAAGUAACGGAGGAAGCUAAAGCGCUAAUUGCUACAAUAGAGAAUCGAUUGGGAAGGUACAUCUGUAGGCUAUGCCGCCGGUUGUACAGCGACGCGUUUGCCCUCGCACAACAUCGAUGUUCAAGAAUAGUGCACAUUGAGUAUCGCUGUCCAGAAUGUGAUAAGGUCUUCAAUUGCCCCGCAAACCUAGCAUCACAUCGGCGAUGGCAUAAGCCCCGCGUGCCUGGAGCCACCAAGCGAAGGGAAGUUCCAACUGAAGCUGGACGCUUUGCUUGCCAAAAAUGCGGCAAAUUAUUUAGACGGCAGGCGUACUUAAAAAAACAUCUUUUAGCUCACGAACAACCGGAUACGGAACCGGAAAAAGAACCAUCAGCUUUUCGUCAGGUCCAUGUAGAAUAUCCUACUUAUCAAACGGAACGGAUACAGGAAGGUUUACGAGACAGCAAUUUCAAUACCUUUUGGAACAAACCAACAUUAGUUGAACCAAAUUGGGAAGAAUCUAGGACUCGAUGUCCUUCCAACUGUUCUUCAGAAGACUCCCGUAGCUUAGACGUAACGGGAUCAGAAGAUGAGGGCGGGGGAGCCGAUGGAAGCGAUGGG